GUAGUGGGUCAGCAGACGGCGCGACGCUACGCAGCUGGCCGAGAUCGAGAAAGCUUCGAAGUGCUUGUUCGUUGUUCGGUUGGGGAUUGCGAACCAGUAGUCACGUGUUGCAUGUGUCUAGGUGGCUGUGAGUGAAGGGGAAGGGUACACACGCGACGGGAUAACAUGAAUCGAGGACAAUGUGCUGCAAGUCUGCUAUUUUUAAGAAACUGAGUUAGUGUUUGAACAAAAUCCUCAUUCUACUGAUGAUUUAAGGACGACCGAUAUGGGAAAAUAUCAAACUGUUUGGUUCUCAGGAUGGAGAUCUGUCUUGUUUUCUUUUAUCCUGGACACAUUUGAGAAAGAAAUGUCAUGUUGCGACGAUUCAAAAGCGGGAGCAGCACCAGCAGCAGCAUCAGCUUCAGCUUCGGGAUCAGCUUCAAUGCCGCCAGUGUCGGCAGCGCUCGGCGUACCGGGAGAGUGCGGCGACGCUCCCGAUCCAAUCGUGGCCGCCGCGAUGCUGGAAGCGACGCAACUGACGGACUCCGAGCGGGAAAUUAUCCUGGGAGUCCUUGGAAGGGACGAACUGCUGAGGAGGGAGCAACAGAUGAGAGUUUUACACCUAAAAGCCGAGCUCCAACACAUACGACGAAAAGGCGCAUUGAAACCUUCGGGAGCUGCUUUGGAUACCACAGGGCCGGACCAGGACCCGGAUCGAUAUUGCAGACGAUGUAGGGUCGAACUAGGGAGAGUCAUCAACAGGGGAGCCUAUUGCAGAGCCUGUCGCCUGAAAGUGUGCAAGGCAUGUAGAGAAUAUUCGUUCAGAACCACUGACUGGGUGUGCACUGUCUGCAAAAAACAAAUGGAGAUCCAAGCAGCAAGUGGCGAAUGGAUGAACGAAUUCGUGAGAAGGCCGAGCAAGAGGCGGGAAACCCGUGUUUGUUUACCCACUGCCGAUAUUAUCAAAAGGACUAUCCGCAGAUCAUGGACGAUUUCAAAUCCCACUCCACGAUGGAGCGCUAUACGAGGCUCCCCAGAGCUCCGACCCUACAACAGCCUGCCUCGCAAACAAGACAUCAACAACUACCCAUCCCUAGCCUUACACCAAGCUAAUCUCAAGAACCAAGAAAUCUCGAACGAGUCCACGUCCCCAACUUACAGGCGACGGUCUCCUAGGAGAACCCAAUCCGAAGACAUUUACGAUGACCAAGGAUCUUCUGGGCAGUUCAGAGGCGGUUCGCCCAUCGGUCUCAGAGGAAACUCGCCAGACAUGGACGUCUUCGUGUCGAGACCUUCUCGAAUGAACCCGCUGAUGAAGCUGGGGGACGGUAGAACUGAGAUCGAUAGGAGGAGGUCGCCUAUGAGGAAGAGUAACGAGGGGAGCAGUGAGGAUGGGAGUUCUAAAGAGGAUGGAAGUCCUAAAUCUAGAGGUAUUUUAACACCCGAAUCGAUAAGAAAAUUCGACCGAAACCCAAUCGAAAAGCGAGUCAGUUUCGAGAGUCAUAUUUCCAACACGAGGAUGCUCGCGAAACCUGCUCCAGUUUUUAGAACGCAAUCUUUGGUAGAAGGAAGAGUUCAGAAUCAUCUGAUGAGUCGGUAUCCCAUCCACCACGAGGAUAAUUCAGAUAAUUCGGAAGAUGCGACAACACAUAGCGAAGCGAACGACGGCCGUGAUGAAAACAAUCCCAUUGAGCUCUGCGAGAUUGAGCCUUUCAGCGGAACGGUGUUCCGGAAAAUGAUGGUCCGAAGACGGCGAAAUAACCUUUCCGCAUCCGCUUCCAACUGCGCCACUUCGUCGUCGGAGAACGCACCUGUAGAUCUCUGUAGAAAACUUCCUGUUGUUGUACUAACCUUUACGGUGGCGGGCGUUACUAUAACUAUCCUCAAACCUAAAACAUCCAACCAAUCCUCUGACACCGUCACUGGUCGUACUCCAGGUUGGCGCCGAGGUCCCGACUCAGACGUAUGGGACAUCCUUUUGCCAGAGGGAGACGACUACAAGUUGGUGUUCAUCAAUUCGGACAGCUCCUCCAAGGAGGAGACGUCUUCGAGGGAGGAGGAUGACAAUGAUAGCUCUUCGACGGCGUCCAGUUUUCCUAUAGAUGAGUGCGACUGGGACUAUUUUGAGCCUGGGAGCAGACCUGCUCCCGUUAUCAACUGGAGUUCGCCGUUUGGGUCUCCCAGGGUGUACAGAAGGGACGUGGCGGAGAGUCCUCUAGGUUCACCGUUGGUUUACAGAAGACGAAUGCGCGAAUCUGACACCGGCACUGACGAGGACAACGUUAGACAAGAUAGCGGUUCACCAGCAUCCUCCGACGGCAUCUUCCAGCCCCGAAUCCACCCCGACGAGCCGCCCUUCGACGCCGCCACCCAAACCAGAACCGAGAAAGUGGUGGAGGAUUCAGCUGCGUUGCAGUGUGUCCAUACCGAGGAUAUCGCCGCGAAACCCUGCUGUCACGCAUGCGGCGCGCCAACACAGUACAUUCCCAUUCCAGUCCCCGUCCCCAUCCCGUUCCCAGUGCCGGCCAUGUGGCCCCCCCACGAACCACCACUGAUGCUCUUCGGCGAACAGCGCUUUCGGGUACUACCGCGCAACCUGUGGCCGUACUUGAGUCAGGCCGCCCUUAUCUGGCCAACACUCGGUGCAAACGGUGGUACCGCCGGUACCACUAUGCCCGCGACCACUGACCGUGAUGCCUGUGCUUUGCCAACACACGAAGAACCCGAUAACGUGUCGCCGUCGCCGGCUUUACAAGCGGAAGAACAAAUCUCCGGUUAUUUGGAGUGCGAAAAUCGGUACGACUCUUCCAGCGACUCUAGUGAUUCCAGUGACAGUUCCAAACCGCGAGUGCGUCGCGUUUACAACGUCAGCGGUACCGAUAGACACAGCGAUGACGCUUUACCCAGCAGCAACGUUUCCAGUGACGGUGAAGAAGAAGACGGACGAAUGUCGCAAAGUUCGGUACGGGAAGACGACAUGACGUCAUCGGGAUCCGCAGACACCGACAGUGAUGACACCGGUACCGUGGCUGAUCAAAAAUCCAAACGCUUUUCGAGAAUAUUCGUAGUAAACAAAGUUAUAUCGUCCUCUUCGAAUUCUUGUAGUUCGAGCAGUGAUACUGAUACUUCAGACAACGAUACGGAUACUGAACUGGAUUGCACUGUCAUUUUGACCAACGUGAAACAACUGGACGAAGAAAAUGACAAUCAAAUCUGUGAUAACAAAUCAAGUGAUAAAAUUAGUGAGAAAAUUAAAGAAAGAGAGUAUGGUUCGUCGAGUCCGGGGCUUUCUGAUGUCAGUGCUGAGUCUGUUCACUCCAGCGAUGUCGAUCAAACUAAAGAUGACAACGACACAAAAGAUGAUAUUUCAGAAAAAGCAGAGGAAAUCGAAGAAAAAAUUGAAUCACCACAAGUUAUACCGAAAAAUUCUAAAGAAGAGAAAGAUACAGAAACAGAGACAAAUGAUAUUAACACGCAAGAAAAUGCAUUAGAAGUUGAUAGUCAAAAGAAAGAUGAAGGAAAAAAGGGAAAGAAGAAAUGGAAUCUCAUUCGCGUAACUAUGCAGUUCAUUAAAUCUGAGAAAAAGUUCAGUUUGGUCGAAAAAAGAGUUGAUGAUCUUUCAAAAGAAAGUGUAAGUUUGAAACAGCUAACGAUGAAUGAUAAUCGUAUUGAAGAAAAUGGGGAAAGUUUGGACAAAAAAGGUAAUCCAGUGGUGUGUGAUGAUAAUCAGGAGGUUUCAAACAAUACUAAAUUAGUAGAACCUGAGGUCAGCUCAAGUAAAGAUCUUUUAAAUGAGGAGAUUUCCUUAGUUACCAAUGAAAAGUUAACAAAGGAAUCAGCAGAAACAGUGUCGAACCAAUUAACAAACAAACCGUUGGAAACAACAUCGAUGGCUAAAUUUGAUAAUAAACAUACUAGUGAAAGCGAUAGUAAGGAUAAAACUUCUGCAACUAGGGAUUCAGGAAAAAUGAUCCCCUACAAAAAAUCGUCGGGUAGUGUAAAAUUAUCGGACGUUCUGCUCAGUGGUAAAGCUCCGUCAUCCCCGCUAGGUGUAAUUAGUGAGUCCGUAGAAGCCAUCCCCGUAGUUAGCGCUAUCAGCUGUGUAGAUAACGAGCAGCCAGUGGACGCCGUCUCCAGCGGGGAAACUCCGGCAGAAGCGGCAGGCGCCGAUGACCAGCAGCAGCGUGCGCUCGGUGAAUGGAACGAGAUCCGGUCUGGCGAUGCCGUUAACGUAGAGGGGAACUCGGUGCACGAUCGUAACGACGGUGUUCACCCAGGUGCGAUAGUUUGCGGCGAAGGUUUAGCGCGGCAUGCUGCCCGAUACACGAGUCUAGUGAUGAUAACGCAAGAGCCCGCCCCCGAUUAUCAACAAGUGAGUGUCGUCACCUCGGAUACCACCACCCUGGUGCCUGGAAACGACGUUGUUGUGAGGCACACCAACUGGCAAGAGGCCGAUCACAAAAGACACCAAAAAAUAUGCGAUAACCAGAACCACGAAGGAGAAAGCGUGACAGUCAUAACGGGCGGCGACACGUUGUCAGCAUUCGAAGAAGGCCUCGCAGACGACGACUCCUGGGUGGAGAAUCUCAGCCACGAUGAAGAGGACGAAGACGAAUUCGCCACAAACUCCGGAACGGACUCGUCCUCCGGAGAAGAAGUCACGCUAACCUGCUCAGCGGCGAUCGACCAAGAAGAGGACCUGAGAGGUUACCAUCGUGCUGCUAUCGACUUCACUCUUCACACUAUCGUAGAAGAGAGCUGUGAGGAGAGUGAAGUCGAACAAUGUAUCUCGAAACGAAAAGAACGACCAACUUCCGCCACUGAUCUCGAGAAAUACUUCUUUUUUGGCCUUGGGGACGGGUUAGCAUCAUCCCUACCUUCAAAUAGAGAAGAUGCUUUCUCUGAAACAAGUAGUAUAUACAGCGAAGGAAUGGAAUCGCUUGGAGGAAGCGAAGAAGUCCAUACACCCAACGAUACCUCAGAUCCAGCAGAACUUGCAUCCUCAAGACUGGAAAAAUAUUUCUUGAGUGGUUUCAUGGGAUUCACAGCAGAAAGAAGAGAUUCUGAUGGAAGUGUGGGUAGCGACAGUGAGGGCCGUCCUAGUCCGGAACAAAGAAGAAAGCGACUGGUACGAGCUCGUGGUACAGGAAGGUCUCAUUCUUCUUCUUUAGAUAACCUAGACAAUGCAGUUAGCGAACAAACCGUCGAAGCUCAACUUAACUCCGAAGAUUCGUCUAGUUCAGAUUCAGAAAAUUACGAUGAAAACAGUUUUGAAAAACCAGACGGACAAUUCGAUACAGUUAAAAGGAAAAAGAGUAAAAAACCAAAGAGCUCGAAUGCAGAGGAAUCCAAAAACUUAGAGAUUACUCAAGAAAUUGAAGAAAAGGAUAGUGAGACGGACGAGGACGGUCACAAAACACCACAACCAGAAAUACCUGCUGCCGUUACGAACCUUACCACAACGAAGAACCAGCAGAGUCGAGAUAGUGGCUUUGUUGGAAGUUGUGACGAUCUGUUACGAGAACAAAGAGAUAACAACACUCCAGAUUUCACAUCUGGUAAAAACGAACUAAAAAUCGAACUCGAAGACAUUACCGAAGAAAAAAAAUCAGAAGAUAAAGCAAUACUGUUAUCAACACCUCCAGCGACAUCUCUUACUAGAAAGGAUAGCUUUAACAACUGGAGUUCAGAUGAAGAGACUAAUCUAAUGAUGUGUAAAAUGAGACAAUUCUUUAAGACUAUGGUUGCUAAUUCUCAGCUAAGUUCUUCCUCCAAACCCUCGACGCCUACUUUAUCUUGCACUGCCAAACCUCUUCCAAGUCCUCGUGCCAAAAGAUGCAAACCUCCUCAACUAGUUUACUUCGAAAAUGAACUUACUCGGCUCAUGAAGACUGUUCCUGGUAUUAGAGAUGAUCAAGUUAGAGAAAUCGUAGAAUAUUUAAGCAGUGAAGAUACUUGGAGUGAUUCUUAUGAUUCGUCCGACUACACCAGCUCUGAUCUAGAGAUAACAACUUCAAAAACAGUUCUGCAACAACAAAUUUCAGACAGCUGCAAGCAAAUCAUUAAUAAAUUUGAUAAUAGAGUUGACGAUGAGGGAGACGAAGGGGACGGUGGUAUUAUAGACGAAUCUCAUGGACUCAAUAAAGAAACUGCUUUUGUUUAUCAAAAAUUGGUAGCAUCAAUCGAAAAGAUGGCAUCAGGAGACCACAGUGAGGCGACAGUUCCUAAAGUUACACCUCACAGUUCACCACCGCUAAUAGCUAAAGUUAUGCACCACAUCGGAAGUCGUCUGGUUGCUUUAAUGCAUGAGGUUUCCAGCGGAGAGAGCCACGCUAGUAAUUCCCCAAAAACAAAACACUACCAUCGAAGACUGCAGCAUAAAAUAUCUUCAGCUUCUAGUACGACGACGGAGGACGACUGUCCAGAAGGAAGUGGAGAUGUUAUGGGAUACGAAGACCACCACGUUCCAUAUAAUUUACUCCCUAGAAGUAGAUCUCACGAUUUGUUAAUGGGUGAAACGAGGGCACAUCAGUCGACUGGAGGUGUCUCGGAUAUAGCGGAAGAGAAAGAAGCUAGUGAUUGUGAACGGUUCAGUUGGCGCGGUAGUUUCGAGUCUGCUUUGCUUGCUACCGACUCUCGUAAUAAGCUGUCGCUCUUGGGAGGCGAAGCGUCUGCUUCAGCUUCAGCUUUAGCCAUCGCUGCGAAGAGAAGGUCUGCUGGAGACUUGCUCUUCAGCCACAAGAGCCUUAGUCGGGAACAGUUAGAUAGAGUGCGGAGUUGUGGUAGUAUCGGUGGGGCCAACAGUGAGGACAAACUUUGGGUGACUUCGGCGAUCCGUCCGAACCGAAGACGAUCGAGUGUACCGGAUGCUACUUGCGGUUCGGGUGGUUCCGCGGACGGUGAAGACGAGGAUGAAGAGAUGGAAAGCAGAUCAACGCUUCCUAGGAGUUUACAGGGCGGCACUCCUACCACUAACUCUUUACCUCGUCUUCCCACCACAGCCGCCGCUAGUAGCAUACAAAAGAGUCAGAGUCACCAUUUCUUGUCUCAAAAUGUUAAAAGUGCUCGAUACAGACCUCCGGGGUUUAAUAGACUGACCGCGAUACCGAAAAGAGCUGUCUCCGCGCCUGGUCUUCAACCGAGCCAUCAGAGGAGAGGAAGAAGAUCUCAACAAAGUAAUGUUAUUAAUGAUGAAGUUGGAGUUUCUGAGGCUCAUUCGUCGCCGAUGCUCGCGUCUCCCAGAAACGGUACGAAGAGUGCCACCCCCAGUCCAGUGACGUCCGUCGCCAAACGAAACGGAGCCAGACUGAACCCGGACUGGCAUGACGAAGAUCUCGAUAGGAUAGGAAGUUUGCAGAAUAGAGGAAGUCUAUCUACUCUUGGGGCUCGCUCGGACUCGAUGGCGAGCGUGUACUCAGGAGCAGGAGAGGGCAGGUACGGAACUGUUGCAGUAAGAGGACAAGUAGAGUUUGGACUGCAAUAUAACUACAAAGCAGGAGCGUUGGAGAUCCAAAUCAAACAGUGUAAAGAUCUAGCACCUGUCGAUACGAAAAGAAAUAGGUCGGAUCCUUACGUUAAAGUGUAUCUGUUACCUGAUAAAUCCAAAAGCGGCAAACGAAAGACGAAAGUGAAAAAGCACACGCUCAAUCCAGUAUUCGACGAAUGUCUCAAGUUCCACAUUUCUUUAAACGGUUUAGAAUCAAGAACUUUGUGGUUAACGGUAUGGCAUUCGGAUAUGUUCGGACGGAACGAUUUCCUAGGGGAGGUCAUGAUGACUUUAGAGAAUAAAGUUUUCGAUGAUCCUACGCCCAAGUGGUAUAACCUUCAAGAAAGGACGGAGCCUUUCGAAGAUGUUUCUUCAUACAAAGGUGAUAUUAUAGUUUGUUUGAAGUUCAUACCUCCAGAUAUGACAGUUCAAAAGAAAGGAAAACGAUCUAGAGGAGCUCUUCACGUGUUGGUCAAAGAAGCCAAAUCACUGACUGCCGUCAAAGCGAAUGGAACCUCUGAUCCAUUUUGUAAAAGUUACCUUCUCCCUGACAAAGGUCGGAGUUCCAAACAGAAAACUCCCGUUGCGAAGCGAACCACCAAUCCUGUAUGGAAUUAUACCUUCAUAUACGACGAUGUAACGUUACAAGAAUUAGCUGAAAGGUGUCUAGAGUUGACCGUUUGGGAUCACGAUCGACUGGCCAGCAAUGAGUUCCUGGGUGGCGUUAGGUUCUCGUUAGGAACAGGCAAACACUAUGGUAAACCCGUCGACUGGAUGGACGCUUCCGGCAGAGAGCUCUCCCUGUGGAAAAACAUGUUGGAAAAGCCCAAUUUCUGGGUGGAAGGUUCACUAUCAUUAAGAUCAUCGCUGGAAUCCCGCGGUUCAUAACGUUUUCUUCCCAUUUUAUCAUUAAACAAAACUAUGUGCGAAGUCGUAUACAGAAUGUUACUAUAAUAACCGAUAUUUUUUGAAUGUUUGUUGAUACGGUAGUGAUUUGUACAUGAGUUCAUAAAAUGUAUAAUCAUUUUACGCUGUAAGUAAAUUUUUAUUACUAGUUAUUUAAUGUAUACCUUUUUAGGUAAAUGUAACUCUAACAAAUUAUAUUUUCUUAUCAUAAUAAAUGUUUUCUAUGUUAAA